AUGGCAGAAACAACCACUCAGCCAACUACUCCAAUAGAACAACAUUCUAGUGAACAAUUUCCCGAAUCUCCGUCACAAAAUAACAAAUUUGGUCGACAUCAAAAAGAACAAACUCCAUUGCAACAAUCCACCUCAAAUCUUUCUCAACAAACGCAAUAUCAACAACAAUUUCAGUCGCAUAUAGCGUCACAAUUUUCUCCAGGACAAAAUCCAAUGUCACAAUCGCAGCCACCUAUCCCGGGUCAAGUACAACUGCAGCCACCACCUCCAGGGUUAACGACGCCACAACAAUUACUAACACGUCCCCCAGAAUUUAUUGCGAAUAAAAUUGAUGCGACACCACCACCUCAAUUUCACGUAAUUCAGGCCAAUUCUAAUUCGUCAACGAUUACAAAAGUGGAAACUUCUACAAUGCCUAAACCCGUAGUUGUGACUUCGACGACAACUCAAAAUCCUAUUCAAGUUAAAAAACCACCAUUUUCCAAGAAAUUAUUACAACCAAUUUAUUUAUUGCUUCGAGAAUGUCUUAAAGAGUAUAUCACUGGGCAUCUAACGACAAAAACCGAAGAAGAUACAAAAGAGAUAUUUAACGAUCGCAAGAAAAUGCAUUCUGAUUUUCAACUCUAUUGUACCGAGCUUGUGCUAGAAUCUGCAAGAGAUAGAAUUUUGAAUGAAUUAGAAGAAAAUGACAGAGAAAGCUUAAAGGACGUUAGCCCAGAGUCGGAAAUUAUAAAAUCGAACUUUGGAGAAGGCCAUGCGCUUUACAGAAGUUUCGUAGAUGUUAUAGAAGAACUUAAAACAUUGCAAAAUCCUGCCUUAGAUGAUGGUGAAGAUAAAUUAAAUGGCGAAAAUGAGUUUGAUAACCCUUCUGAAGAUACGAAUCUACUCGGCCAAAUUCUUCGUUUAUGGGAACAAAAUAAUAAAAAUUAUUUCUUGGGAAUACCUAACGUUAAUCAUGAUCAACAUCGAAAUCGUGGCAGAGGUCAUAAUCGAGGAUAUUGGCCACAACGAGGUGGUCCAAGACAUACACCUUAUUCUAAUCGAGGAGGACGUUCUCGUGAUUGGGGAGCACGGGAUGACAGAGAAUUUAGGGAAAGGCGUCAGGAUGAUCAUUAUAGAGAUCGUCGUGAAGAUUAUCCUCGAAGAGAUUUUGAUCGUAGACAGGAAUUUCGUGGACCAAUUGGCCCCACACCAAAUUUUAGCCGGGAGAGACCCCCAAUUGGACGACGAGAUGAUUCAUAUCAUCGUAAUUAUGAUGAUAGGAGAAGAAAUUCAUAUGAACGUAGACCAGAUGAAAGGCAUCCAAGAGACCAGCGUGUUCCACUUCAACAUCCACAUCCCAUUGUACCACCUAAAGCCUCUCCUGCAAUUUAUGAAGCUCCUCCAAUGCCCCCGAUGCCUCCUAAUGGGCCUAAUCCACCGUUACCACCUCCUCCUCAACCCGCUUACGAUUAUUCGCAAUAUCCACAUGAUCCGCAAUAUCCACAAGGACCUGGUUAUACAUCCGAAUACAACUCACAAAAUUACUCAAAUUAUUACGGGCAAUACCAAGAAUCGCAAGUAAAUGGGCAUACAAAUCCUCCGUAUCAAUAUCCUUCGACUCCAUCUUCAACUGGUUGGGAUUCUCAAUCUACUUCUAUUCAAUCCAUUCCACCAAUUCAGUUAACCUCUUUUAAUUACAAUCAACCUGGACGACAUACUGCAAUACCUCUACCGACUAAUGCUCCUCGAUUAUCAAUGCCGGAACCACAUGAUGUGCUCGGAGUUAUUAAAGGAGUGAUUAUACGAGAUGCGCAGGGCAACAUCGGAUUGAGUCAGUAUCAAUUCAACACGAUGUGA